CAAAUUUUUUCUGCUUAAACGGAGAAAAAUGAAUUGGGUUCAACGGAAAAUUUAUCUCUACAAUGUUACUUUUGGUUUGUAUAUGCUCGACUGGUGGGAACGUUGUCUCUUCAAUAUUUUGGUGCUUGUGUUGCUAUGGUUUAUGUGUUACAACGGGUUUCGAUUUGCUUCUGAGCUCUUCAAUAGGCAAAUGUGGUGAAAGUUAAUCCAGCUGUGUCGAGCGUUAUUCUUCACCAUAACUAAGACAGAUAUGUAUGCCUUUUUUGGCAUUUAACUUUUAAGGUUGUGAAAUUGUUU